AUGGAUAGCUCGCCCUCGACACCUAAAUCCUCCGAGCCCAUCACGAUUAUGGGGGAAUAUCCGUUUGACAAUCGUUACGGUGACGCUGAUGUUAUCCUGCGUUCAUCAGAUGGAAUUGCAUUCUUCGUCCACAAGGCCAUAUUGCGUGUAGCAUCAACCUUCUUUGCAGGCAUGUUCAGCCUUCCCCAGCCUGUAUCCACUUCUGGGCAGAUUUUCAACCUCCACACUAUCGACAUCGACGAGGGAAAACGUACCAUAGAUUCUCUCCUUCGACUGUGCUAUCCUGUUACGGAUCCAUCCCUUCCUAGCGUACACGACAUCGAGCCCGUAUUGGGAGCAGCAAUCAAGUACGACAUGAAUGAGGCAACUAGGCUUGUGACAACGUCGCUGUUAGCUCUCCUUACUCAGGAACCCCUUCAAGUGUACGCGGCCGCAUGCCGGCUGAAUCUAGAGAGUACAGCGUAUAGGGCCGCGUCCACCUUCUCAGGUUGUAGUGGAGACCGCUCACCGGGGUCGACACAGAAAUCUACAAGUCACAAAAAGAUGACAUCGGUCAAUACGCGUCUAAGCUUCCCUGUCGAUGCGUACGAUCUCGAGAUGGACACGGUCUCCGCAGGAGAAUAUUACCGUUUACUUUGCUAUCGGUCAGGCAACGCCCAAAGGCGUCUACAUUUUUGGGAAAAGACGGAGGCAUUUCUGCGUAAGCUCACGCCUACACCUGCCGAGACUUCACCUCGAGAAUUUGAUCACCCCUUUAAUGAUUCACUCAAGGGCGACAUUAUCAUUCGCUCUUGUUCGAACACCUAUUUUUAUGUGUACAAGCAGCUACUUUCGCUCGCAUCCUCGGUUCUUGCUGAGUUAAUACAGGACAGUGGGGUUGGCGGGCAAGGCGAAGAAGACUUACCAGCGGUUUUACUACCAGAGAGCGACUCCACACUGGCGGUAUUGUUGCAACUUUGCUAUCCGCUGGUUGAUCCUGUCAUCCAUACUCUGUGGGAUGCACACAAUCUUCUGGAGGCUGCCACGAAGUAUAAAAUUGUGAGGGCCGUGGAGGUUGCGAGGAAGAGGUGGUUCAAGGGAAUAUAUGAGGAGCCAAUGAGAGUCUUCCUUAGAGCGACGCGGUUGGGUUGGGAGAAGGAAACAACAGAAGCAGCAAUGCAAAUAGCAUACAGCAAAGUAAAAAACGAUAUCACAGAUCCGGGGAUAGUAUUCGAGAUGGAUAGAACGCCGGCCUUUGCUCUCCGCCGACUUCUCGUAUUCCGACAGAAGUGUAGAGAGGCCAUCGCUCUAACGAGAGGUAGCAAACUUCCACGGGAGACACUAUCGUCGUUGUAUUGGGAUAGCCAGGCAAGCAAUGUGCUCGUCCCCAAUACAGCAGCCAGUAAAUUCUUGCUUCGGGUUCAUCAAUAUGCCUAUGAGAAGACACAAGUACUCAGAGAGAACGAGAAGCUUGUUCUGAACAUCGAUCAAUUCUUGCCGUUCUCCAUAACACCACCAACAAACAACGAAGAGGCCAGUUCCGCGUUGCAUGAUGAAAUUGUCGAGCGCGAUCGCACAUUUAUCACCAACAUAGCAUACGCACUAGCCAAGAUCAAGUUCUGA